AUAAAGACAUUUUGUUCCUCUGUCAGAUCAUCAGUGAAGGUUUAUAAACCCUCCAUUCCCUGGUUGAAGGCACACUGCUGCUAGUGAAUCUGGUUUCUGCUGCUGCUUUGAUUCUUCAUCACAACAAGAUGAAAUUUGUUCUUUUUACUUUGUUCCUUUGUGGAUUCAUCCUGGAAAUCAAUGGAAAAAGUUCAUCAGGAGCAUGGCUCCCAGAGAAAAAAUCCCUUGUUGCCUGUGAAGGAACAGUGGCUCGACUCCACUGUGAAGAAGGUCAGGCUAUCUAUGUGACCAGUGCUACAUACGGACGCAGCAAUCGGUUCACGUGCUACGUUGGGAUACCUGCAGAGCAGACGAAGAACACUGAUUGUGCUACGAGGGCAGAAUCCGUGUUUCAGAGAUGCGAGGGGAGAUCAGCGUGCAAUGUCUUAGCCAGCAGCGCUGUGUUCGGAGAUCCCUGUGUUGGGACCUACAAGUACCUGGAUGUGAUAUAUCUAUGUGAAAGCACACUACUGCUAGUGAAUCUGGUUUCUGCUGCUGCUUUGAUUCUUCAUCACAAGAUGAUGAAAUUUGUUCUUUUUACUUUGUUCCUUUGUGGAUUCAUCCUGGAAAUCAAUGGAAAAAGUUCAUCAGGAGCAUGGCUCCCAGAGAAAAAAUCCCUUGUUGCCUGUGAAGGAACAGUGGCUCGACUCCACUGUGAAGAAGGUCAGGCUAUCUAUGUGACCAGUGCUACAUACGGACGCACUGAUAAGAAGACUUGCAGCGCUCGUAGACCGGCCGACCAGCUAAAGAACACUGAAUGCUUCACAUACGCAGAGGAAGUUGGUGAGAGAUGCAACGGGAAACAGUGGUGUAAAGUCAAAGCCAGUAACUAUGUGUUCGGAGAUCCCUGCUAUGGAACCUACAAGUACCUGGAGGUGGAAUAUAUUUGUUACGAGGUUCCCCAGUCGUGCCCAGAAUAGAAGCAGAAGUCGCCUUCUUCAUCAGGAUGUUGAUGAAGACUCUGGUGCUGCUGCCCCAACAGAUGAUGGCUGAAGACAACAAACUGAGAGAAGAUCUGCAGCAUCUUGUUGAAAACCUGGAAGGA